ACACGUCAGUGACACAGGAAUGGGCCAAAACAAGCCUCACCAGAGCAGGAUGACAGCCAGUUGCUGAGAGGAAUCAUGUCGUUGUGUGUUUUACUUGAGCUGGUGGGAUGAUUCGUGUGUUCAGAGGUCGUUUCGAGGCAUUGCGGAGGGUGCUGUGCUGAUAAAUGGAGUCUGAGCAGUUGUUCACCAGAGGCUACGGCAGGAACAGCUACAACAGCAUCACGAGCGCCAGCAGUGACGAAGAGCUUCUCGAUGGAGCCGGCGUCAUCAUGGACUUCCACACAACAGAAGACGACAACCUUCUCGAUGGGGACGCGUCUCCAGGGUCGAACUACGCCAUGUCUAACGGGGGGGGUGGAGGCGGGGCCAGUAGCUCCACGCACCUGCUGGACCUGCUGGAGGAGCCCAUCCCCGGCGUGGGAACCUACGACGACUUCCACACCAUCGACUGGGUCCGGGAGAAGUGCAAAGACCGAGAGCGCCACCGCAAGAUAAACAGUAAAAAGAAGGAAUCAGCAUGGGAAUUCACGAAGAGCCUGUACGACGCCUGGUCAGGGUGGCUGGUGGUCACGCUAACAGGACUUGCAUCAGGAGCGUUAGCUGGGCUGAUCGACAUCGCGGCCGACUGGUUGAACGAUCUGAAGGAGGGCGUGUGUCUCAGUGCCAUGUGGUUUAAUCACGAGCAGUGUUGCUGGGGCUCCAACGAGACCACGUUUGCUGAGAGAGACAAGUGUCCUCAGUGGAAGACAUGGGCUGAACUGAUCCUGGGUCAGGCCGAGGGUCCCGGUUCCUAUAUCAUGAACUACUUCAUGUUCACGUUUUGGGCGCUGUCCUUUGCCUUCCUGGCCGUGUCUCUGGUGAAGGUGUUUGCGCCGUACGCCUGCGGGUCUGGAAUACCUGAGAUUAAAACCAUCCUGAGCGGCUUCAUUAUCCGAGGGUACCUGGGCAAGUGGACCCUGAUGAUAAAGACCGUCACGCUGGUUCUGGCCGUGGCGUCGGGCCUCAGUCUCGGGAAGGAAGGUCCGCUGGUCCACGUGGCCUGUUGCUGUGGCAACAUCUUUUCCUACCUCUUCCCCAAAUACAGCAAAAACGAGGCCAAGAAACGAGAGGUGCUGUCGGCAGCUUCGGCCGCUGGUGUGUCGGUGGCGUUCGGCGCUCCGAUCGGAGGAGUGUUGUUCAGUCUGGAGGAGGGUCAUUACUACUUCCGCUGAAGACGCGUGGAGUCGUUCUUCGCUGCUCUGGUGGCGGCGUUCGUGCUGCGCUCCAUCAACCCGUUCGGGAACAGCCGGCUGGUGCUGUUUUACGUGGAGUACCACACGCCCUGGUACCUGUUCGAGCUGUUCCCCUUCAUCCUGCUGGGGGUGUUCGGGGGCCUGUGGGGGGCCUUCUUCAUCCGGGCCAACAUCGCCUGGUGCCGCCGCCGCAAGUCCACGCGCUUCGGCAAGUACCCGGUGUUGGAGGUGAUCACAGUGGCGGCCAUCACGGCUAUCGUGGCGUUCCCGAACCCGUACACGCGGCAGAACACCAGUGAGCUGAUCAAGGAGCUGUUCACGGACUGCGGGCCGCUGGAGUCGUCGCAGCUCUGCCAGUACCGCAGUCAGAUGAACGGCAGUCAGGCGUAUCCGCAGGGAUCGGACGCCACCACGCCGGGCGUUUACUCCGCCAUGUGGCAGCUCAGCCUGGCGCUCGUCUUCAAGAUCAUCAUGACCAUCUUCACCUUCGGCCUGAAGGUCCCGUCGGGUCUGUUCAUCCCCAGCAUGGCCAUCGGUGCGAUCGCUGGCAGGAUCGUGGGCAUCGCUGUGGAGCAGCUGGCGUACUAUCACCACGACUGGUUCCUGUUUCGAGAGUGGUGUGAGGUGGGCGCCGACUGCAUCACGCCGGGGCUCUACGCCAUGGUGGGCGCCGCGGCCUGUCUCGGUGGCGUGACCCGCAUGACGGUGUCUCUGGUGGUCAUCGUGUUCGAACUGACCGGCGGCCUGGAAUACAUCGUUCCUCUCAUGGCGGCGGUGAUGACCAGCAAGUGGGUGGGCGACGCGUUCGGCAGAGAGGGGAUUUACGAAGCCCACAUCCGUCUGAACGGAUACCCCUUCCUGGACGCUAAGGAAGAGUUCACACACACCACGCUGGCGCGGGAAGUGAUGCGUCCGCGGCGUAGCGACCCGCCGCUGGCAGUGCUGACGCAGGACGACAUGACUCUCGCCGAGCUGCAGGCCAUCAUCUCCGAAACCAAUUACAACGGCUUCCCCGUCAUCGUCUCCAAAGAGUCGCAGAGGCUGGUGGGCUUCGCUCUGCGCAGGGACAUAACCAUCGCCAUAGAAAACACCCGUCGUAAGCAGGAGGGAAUAAUGCUGAACUCGCGGAUCUAUUUUACCCAGCAUGCCCCGACCCUUCCCGCAGACAGCCCGCGGCCGCUGAAGCUGCGCAGUAUUUUAGACAUGAGCCCCUUCACCGUCACCGACCACACGCCGAUGGAGAUCGUGGUGGACAUCUUCCGCAAACUCGGCCUGCGCCAGUGCCUCGUGACGCACAACGGGCGCCUCCUUGGUGUUAUUACAAAAAAAGAUAUCCUCCGUCACAUGGCCCAGAUGGCAAACCAAGAUCCCGAGUCCAUAAUGUUCAACUAGCAUCCUCCUCUUCCCGAAACGAGGAAGAUGAGAGCGAAGAGGAGGCCCGUUUACUGGACAAUCCAUCCCUCUGACCACACGC